UCAGCUGAGCUCUCUUCAAGUCAUCGCCACAUGCAGUCAGAAAAUUCGCCGGGAUGUUCAGAGCUCUACGAGAUUCUCGCCGGAGCUGGUGGAAUCGACGUUGGUUCUGGGUCGUAUGGGUUUCCGAUGAAUUAUGAUUUCACGGCAGUUCCGAGUUUCUCUGGGGGUUCCCCAUUUCACCCCUUGGAGAUGUCUGGAAUUACAGAGAUGCCACAAGCUAGAGCUCUCGCUGCUUCCAGGAAUCAUAAAGAAGCUGAGAAACGGAGGAGAGAGCGAAUUAAUUCCCAUCUUGAUCGGCUUCGUAGCCUCCUUCCUUGCAACUCCAAAACAGACAAAGCUUCAUUGUUGGCGAUGGUGAUUCAACAUGUUAAGGAGUUAAAGCAGCAAACCUCAGAUAUCACAGAGCUCGAGUUGUUCCCUUCUGAAACCGACGAGAUCGCUGUGUUUUCCGGUGAUCUUUACGGGAGGUCAAUUCUGAAGGCAUCGGUCUGUUGCGAAGAUCGAUCCGAUCUCUUACCUGACUUGAUCCAGACAUUAAAAACGCUUCACUUGAAGACACUAAGAGCAGAAAUGGCAACCUUAGGUGGAAGAAUCCGAAACGUUCUUCUCGUCACCGGAGAAGGAGAUCGGUGUUGUGGUGAUGAAUCAAUCGGUUUCUUACGCGAUGCUUUGAAAUCUCUUGUCGAACGAUCUAGCUCCAGCGAUCGUUCUAAAAGGCGUCGAUUCGUAGACAAAAGAUGAAAAAGUGAUUGUUCUUCGAUUGUUCUUCGAUUGUUCUUUGUCUGUGUAUUUGUGUCUCAAUGUUUGUUGAUCUGUUUGAGAUUGGAUUUGCAUUAGUUAGGGUUUCAUGCAUGAACGGAGAAAGAAACAAAAUCGUUAGAGCAGAAACACAAGUAAUCUCUGUAAGUAAUAGUUAUCGGCCAUGGUUGCGAUACCUAUUUGCAGUUCUGUAGUUCUUCUUGAAAAAUCGAGCAUCUUUAAUGGUGAUUUUUCAAUUUUUCUCAACUUUUGAA